AGUUCAAGUGAUUUUCUAAUUUUGACGUUUGAAGACCAAUUUUCACAUCAAUCUAUUUAUUUAUAAAUUCCGGCCACCGGCGAGUAUCGUCUUAUCAACCGGUCAAAGCAGUGACGUGUUGACUUCCAAGACCAAAAUUUUCCAAAGAGACUUGUUAAGAUUUUUGGCACAAAAGAUGGGCACCUUGACCGAAAUUUCCUCAAACAAGAUGUUUGGAGGCUUCCAGAAGGUGUUUUCCCACGAGUCCAAGUCCUUAGGCUGUGUCAGUAAAUUUGGUGUUUAUCUGCCGCCUCAAGCAGAGGGGAAGAAGCUCCCUGUUAUUUAUUGGUUGUCAGGACUGACCUGUUCAGAGGCCAAUUUUAUCGAAAAGUCAGGAGCACAGCGAUACGCCGCUGAACAUGGAGUCAUUAUUGUAAAUCCUGACACCUCACCUAGGAACUUGAACAUUGCUGGUGAUUCAGAGUCUUGGGAUUUUGGGGUCGGGGCCGGAUUUUACGUCGAUGCUACGCAGAAACCAUGGAAAGACAACUACAAGAUGUAUAGCUACGUUACUAAUGAGUUGGUGAAGAUUAUUAGUGAUAAUUUUCCAAUUUUGAGUGGGAAACAGUCAAUAAUGGGGCACAGUAUGGGGGGACAUGGGGCGUUAAUUUGCGCUUUGAAAAACCCAGGGAUGUAUAAAUCAGUCUCCGCUUUUGCCCCGAUUUGUAACCCAUCUAACUGUCCUUGGGGCAUUAAGGCAUUUAGUGGGUAUUUGGGGCCCAAAGAGUCGGGCGAAUGGGCGCAGUGGGACGCCACUGAGCUAGUCAAGACUUACAAUGGCCCCCCAUUGGAGCUUUUUGUAGAUCAGGGGUCUGAAGACAAUUUCUUGCAUGCCAAGCAACUGUUACCUGAAAAUUUGAUAGAAGCUUGCAAAACCCACCACGUCCCGGUUGUUUACAAAAAACGAGAUGGGUAUAAUCACAGCUAUUAUUACAUUGCUUCUUUCAUAGAAGAGCACAUUAAAUACCACAUGGAGCACUUGCUGAAGUAAGGGUUGGUAAUAAAAACGCUGAUUUUUAAUAAAUAAUAAUUAUAUACAUUUUAUUACAAAGUUUAUAAUAAAUACUGGGAGUAGUUAUUUUA